CUGUUUGACAACAUAUUCUCCCUCUGUCUCCCCUCCAUCUCAUUUCCCAUUCCUCCUGUUUGCCUCAUUAUUUCUUACCCCUUACGUUAUGCUCGUGUUAAAAGCCCUUCUAAAUCCUUAAAGAGGUGAAGGACACUGGAAUAUCCUUGAGGUUAUUUAUCAUUCUUGGGGGACGUGUGAGGGACAGAAUCCUCAGGAAUACCUGGAGACCUCUCAUUGGAUGUGCCUCUGGGCUCCGAGGCCCACACUUUCUCGGGCUCCGCUUUUCCGGCACAAUUUCCCAGGGCCCAGGCUGGAGCUCCGCGGCCCUAAAAAGGCGGCAGAUUCCCGGGUGAGCCUCUGCUGCCCUCAGCCCGCGGGAGCGGAACCGAAAGGAGUGUCCGGAACGAUUCUCCGGGGCUCCCUGUUGCCGACGGAAACCGACCGGAGCCAGAGGGUGGUAACACGACCGGAAAUCAGGGCCUGAGGACUUGCAUUGCAAAAAUUGCCCGUUGUGUUUCCUGCAUUACAAAAUGAUGUCCUCUCAGUAAAAGUACUUGAUUGUGAAGCACUUUAAGACCUGCGGUUAAAAAAAAAGGUGCUGUAUAAAUUCAGUAAUGGUAGUGAAGAAGUGACAUUUACAAGACUCAUGGCAGACAAAAGACAGCGGGCAAGGGUGCAAGGUGCAUGGGCAGACCACAAUAGGACCACUGUAAGAUCACAUCAAGUUCACAGAAAUUCUUCAGAAAAUGUUGCUGGAAUACACUGGCUACCAAAUCAACAAGCUGCAGCUGAUGGAAGAUUUGUCUUUCAAAAUCCAACAGAGAUCUUAAUCUCUCUGGUUAAGAUGAUAAAGGUCCAGUGUCUACAUACCAGCUACCUUGGGAUCAAGGCAGUGUCAGAUUUUGGAUCCUGCCGUAUUUUGGUUUGGGCAGUUCGGGUGGGGUCAAGAGUUACUCAGAGCACAGGAGUAGACAAGCAGGUUCAGCGUAAAGUUCCAGAAGAAAAGACCAUUGACAAAGAAGGUUUUUAUGAAAUUAGCAGUGGGCCAACAGGAGUUUCCAGACUGCAUCUAAAGCCUGGUUUUAUUGAUCCAAAAGAAGCUGAUUGGAUGUUUGAACAGCUGUAUGCGGAAAUACCCUGGCAGCAAAAAUCAAACAUCAGAGAGGGUAGAUCAUAUCAAGAGCCGCGACUCACAGCCUGGUAUGGAGACCUUCCUUACACGUACUCCCGCACAGCUAUGAAAUCAAACCCUCAUUGGCACCCUCUGCUGAUUAUGCUGAAAGAUCACAUUGAGAAAGUAACAGGGUACACCUUUAAUUCUCUCCUUUGCAAUCUGUACCGAAAUGGCAAAGACAGCAUUGAUUGGCACAGUGAUGAUGAACCAUCAUUGGGACAGAAACCUAUCAUUGCAUCACUUAGCUUUGGAGACACCAGAAACUUCGAAAUGAGAAAAAAGCCACCACCAGAGGAUAAAGGCAGUUAUACAUAUGUAGAAAGAAUUCGGAUCCCACUCAGCCACGGGUGUUUGUUAGUAAUGGAAGGAGAAACUCAGGAGGAGUGGCAGCAUCGAGUGCCAAAAGAAUACCAUGACAGAAAUCCACGAAUAAACCUGACAUUUCGAACAAUUUACCCAGAAACACAAAGGAGUUGAAGAUGAAAUGAAUACAGCGGAUAACAAUGUGCACCUAAAUGAAGAACAAAAGACCUCCACCAGGCUUUGUUAGUUUUUGUUUGAAAGUUGAACAUUUGAAUUGUACAAUUGAAAUAAAAGAAAAUCUUUAAUAGGCCAGUGUUCCAAUUGAAGACAUAGCCAAAGGAAAACUAAGCAAAUGUGUUUAGACUGUAUUGAUAAUAAUACCAUGAAAUAAUUUUAAUGCUUUGACUUUAAUUUAAAGUUGAAUAUCUGGAUAAUUUCACUUUUAUAAUUUAAGGAAAAAACUUGCUCUGGAUCUGCUGUAAUUUACCUUGACAGGAAGCUAAUCUGUAGAAAAUAGGUACAACAAAGUUGCGUGUGAUGUUGGAAAACAUUUGUCACAUCAUAUUGUUUAUUGAUCUACAAAAAGUUGCUUGUCUGGUAAUAUACAUUGGAGUGUUAGAUUGGCAUACCUAUUGUUUCAAGGCUGAGGAAUUUGUUCUAAAUAAGAAUCAAAGGUACAUGAAGCAUGUGAGUUGCACACGCAUAGUUGUGACUUGAGCCAGAAUGGGAGCAGGGAUAUUGUUGGAAAAAAAAGCUUCAGAUUAAAAUCAGUGGAAUUUGUGAUAUAAAGAUGUGCAAUUGAUGCACACUGAAUAAACAGAAGGUCUGUACUCUGGUGUUCGGUAAUGAGUUGAAAAAAUGAAUCAAAAUUAAUUAUUCUUGUUGCAUACAAUAUGAGCAAUAGUUGGCAGUGAGUUAACUUGCCAAAAAUACAUUUGCUCAACUUUGAAAUGCAGACUAAAUUUUUGAAAAAAAAAACAAAUUGAGAAUUCAGCUGUAGUCUUUAGUGGUAAAUAUUAUUACGUUGGAUAAGCUUUAUUAGGAAUUUGCUAUUUAAAACAAGUUGUAGAAGUUCAUAUGUAGACCAAUGUCAAACAUGAUUAAGAACUGCAUACUAUUUAUUCAUUGCUUCAUUUUGAAAGGACUCAAACUUUAUUGACUUAAUUUAGACUUCUAAAAGUGGUAGAUUUGGCAGCCAAAAACCGGCGGACAAUGCCAAGUUUCGAACGCUUCACCUCAUUUUCUAAUAUGCUUUCAAAGUUUAAAAAAAAAUGCAACAGACCAUAAGAAGACAUAUUAAGGAAUGCAAUGCAGUCACUUAUUGAAGGUUUAACUCGGGUGUUCUUUUUUUAUAUAAGGGCUUAUUUACUGUAUCCUGCAGCAUUACUUUUUAAAUUGUAUUGCUAAGCUACACAGCAACUUUUAGAACAUAGAACAGUACAGCACAGAACAGGCCCUUCAGCCCACAAUGUUGUGCCGACCAUUGAUCCUCAUGUGUGCACCCUCAAAUUUCUGUGACCAUAUGCAUGUCCAGCAGUCUUUUAAAUGACCCCAAUGACCUUGCUUCCACAACUGCUGCUGGCAACGCAUUCCAUGCUCUCACAACUCUCUGUGUAAAGAACCCACCUCUGACAUCCCCUCUAUACUUUCCACCAACCAGCUUAAAACUAUGACCCCUCGUGCUAGCCAUUUCUGCCCUGGGAAAUAGUCUCUGGCUAUCAACUCUAUCUAUGCCUCUCAUUAUCUUGUAUACCUCAAUUAGGUCCCCUCUCCUCCUCCUUUUCUCCAAUGAAAAGAGACCAAGCUCAGUCAACCUCUCUUCAUAAGAUAAGCCCUCCAGUCCAGGUUUUCUUGUUGGAGAUGACUUUUGUACAUAACUAAAAUAUUUAUCAUCUUCAAACAAAAUAUUAUCGCCUGUUGACUCAGUGAGUACCUGGACUGUUCAGUCCAAAAAAGAUGUGGCUCCUGAUUUGUGUUGCGUUAGCUAAUCUUAGCCAGGAUACAGUGGAGAAAUUGCAAAUGACCUCUGAGCUUCUCGAUUAGAAAGAGAAAUAUUUGCUGGGACUCUGCUGGGUAGCCCCACCCCCCUCCCCCAAUGGAAAUUCCUCCUGUGGGCUACGAGAGGACAGAGACUAGUUUGACUGCUGUUGAAGUACCUGUUCCC